AUGUUUUUGUGCUCGCCGUGGUUAUGCAUGGGGUGGUCGGUAGUCACGUUGCCGGGUCUACCGCCCAUGUGGACAGGAGGUUGGGGGCGAGUGGAUCGGGUUGAUGGUAGGCAUGAAUCUCCGUACGUAGCCGUGGCUUUCCAUGCAGCCAUUGGUUUAGCUAGUGGAAUCGGCGCAAGGUAUGGGGCUAACAUAACAGGGGCUAUCACGGACAGUGGCAACCGAAUGUAUUCAUGUUCUCGGUUCUCUUGGGCCUCCACCUUUGGCUCCCUUGAUCGGACAACGAGAACCAAAAGUCGCUGA